ACCAUAGACUCAUGGAGAAUUCAGAAUUGGAGACCACCCGCCACCGCCAAGAGAAGAGAGUAGCAUUGAAUGAGAUGUCGUCUUAAUGGUCCAAAGAAAAAUGGUUCUGAGUUUCUGACUGCUCACGUUUUUCAACCAAUUAGUUUGAUUCUUAGGUAUAAUCGGGAUUGCUUCGAAGGACUGAACUGAAACCCUGCGAUUGGGUUUGAAGGAAAUUCCCAAGGAAUAGCGAUGGAGAAGUAUGCGAUUCAACCAUUAGUCGCGAUUUUGAUCUCUUUUGUAAUCGCUUCGAGGGCUUUCAAGCGGAAGUCUCUCGAUCGGUCGGGAGCGCUUCUGGGGUUUCUGGUCAUGUCUGUCCAUAUUGCAGUUGGAUUGAGAUUCGGCGCUCUUCUGCUUGUUUUCUUCUUUUCUUCGUCUAAGCUUACCAAGGUCGGGGAGGAGAAGAAGCGAAGCGUUGAUGCUGACUUCAAAGAGGGUGGCCAGAGGAAUUGGGUACAGGUGCUAGCUAAUAGUGGCAUAGCUACAGUUCUAGUCGUGCUUGUUGGGCAAUCAAUUGGGUGGCAGGAUAAAUGCUUAGACUCAAAAGGAUCAGCAUUAGUAACAUGUCUUAUUGGUGGUAUAAUUGGACACUAUGCCUGCUGCAACGGAGAUACUUGGUCAUCAGAGAUAGGGGUGCUUAGUAAUGCACAGCCACGAUUAAUCACAACCUUUAAGCCAGUACGGAAGGGCACAAAUGGUGCUGUGACAACAACAGGACUCCUAGCAGCUGCAGCAGCAGGCAGUGUUAUUGGGCUGACAUUUGUUCUCUUUGGACUUUUCACAGCAAAAUGUGCUUCUGAUGUAGCUUUGAAGCAGCUUCUGGUAAUACCAAUCGCUGCAAUUGCAGGGCUACUUGGAAGUAUAAUAGAUUCUCUGUUGGGGGCGACAGUGCAAUUCAGUGGAUUUUGCACUGUACGAAAUAAGGUGGUUGAAAAGCCAGGGCCAACCGUGAAGAAGAUAUCGGGCCAGAGCAUCCUUGACAACAAUGCUGUAAACUUUGUAUCGGUGUUGCUAACCACACUGUUGACCUCCAUUACCUGCUUGUACAUUUUCUGAUAAGCCCAAUUUGCCAACAUUUGUAAUCAGACGGUAGGAGCUUCAAGAGGUCUACAUGCUACAAUUCAGAAGUUGCACAUGGUGGUCCAGGAUCUGUAUGACUUUAUUGAUCAUGGGCAUAGGAGCUAGGAAGGAAGGUCACUCAGGGAAAUAAUUUGAUACCUAAUGGAUUGACGAGUAGUUGAUGCUUGUUUGGGAAAUCUCCCGAGUAUUUGUGUGCGAGUGAGAGACACUUUUCAUCCACUGGUACUAUAUAGAACAAAAAUCCAUAAAUUUGUGAGUUAGAUUACUACUUGAAAGGGGUCCUUAGUCACAGCAA